CGGGCCUCGACAGAAGCUUGACCCCUCCCAGGCUUCUGAAUUUUUUUCUGAGGGCAAAAGUUGUUGGCGCGGCCCAAAAGACAAACAUCAGGAAGACAAGACUCCAGAGGAAAGAUGAAGACGAUAAUCAACCAACUAAGCCCGGCGGCCAGAAGCCUCAACAGACUUCAAGGACUACCAUCCUGCAGUGGUCUUCGAUCGGGUGCUCUUGGACGAGGAUUUGCGAGCUCAAGUCUAUCAAGACAAUCUGAUCAGGACGACAAACGACCCGUCUUUUUCAAAGUCUCGGCUGGCGGCAAAGAGCUUGGAACCAUCAAAUUCAAGUUGUACGAUGCAGAGGUCCCAAAGACGUGCAAGAACUUUCGCGAGUUGAGCAAAGGAUUCCCCAAUCCGGAGAACAAGACAACCGGGAUAGACUCUUAUAAGGGCGGCAAGUUCCACCGAAUCAUCCCCUCCUUCAUGAUCCAAGGAGGUGAUAUCACUCGUCAUAAUGGCUCCGGUGGCCGAUCUAUAUACGGUAACAGGUUUGAUGAUGAAAACUUCAUCCAUAAACACUCCAAACCAGGGCUAUUGUCGAUGGCCAAUGCUGGCGCAAACACCAAUGGUUCACAGUUUUUCAUCACGACUGAAGUGACCAGUUGGCUCGAUGGCAAGCAUGUCGUCUUUGGAGAGGUCAGCGAAGGCUUCGAGGUCGUCAAGCAGAUCGAGGCCCUCGGCAGUCAGUCCGGCAAGCCCAAGACCGAGGUGAUCGUCGAGGACUGUGGUGUUCUCGAAGAAUCCUCGAAAUGAUUCACUCUACAGUAUAUCCCUGCUGCCCGCACUUCUUUGUGCUCUUUGCAUUGCUCAUAGAAACAUAACCCCAGUCCCCCACAACUUAUACCAUACAUUAAAAGAUCGGAAAAGUUGUGCUUGAGUUGAUUACUUGUGUUGCUAAACUCGAAAAAAUAGCCAAUACCCAAAAGAACAUAAAGCAUCACAUGCAUUGCUGUUCAUUGUUCUGGCCCAUGAUAGACUAGUGUGAUGAGGCUCUGCAGCAACAUAUCUUGAUGUGUUUUGUGUUUUAUUUUGAAAAGUUGUGUGAUUCUACUUGAAAACAGGCAAUGAAGUUCAUGAUUUUGAACUUUGAUUUGCAAAUUUGUCAGAGAGGCUCAAGCACAAUCUCAGUAUAAGCAUAUUUUG